CCGCUUUGGCUACAAUCAUAUUCCUUUUCUCCACAGCCCUGCUGUCGUUCACAGUGGUGCACUAUAUCUGUGCCUUUGCUGCUGUGGUUUUGUUCUAUAUAUUCUACACACAGCCGGAGGACUGCGCCGAGCACAAAGCCUUCAUCAGUCUCAACCUCAUCUUCUGCAUCAUGGUGUCUGUGGUGGCUGUUCUUCCAAAAGUGCAGGAGGCUCAGCCAAGCUCUGGGCUGCUCCAGGCGUCUCUCAUCUCUCUCUACACCAUGUAUCUCACAUGGUCUGCGAUGAGCAACAACCCCAGUGAGUCUCGCAAACAGAUCUCAUGAGAUGAACUUCAUUGAAUGCU